AACUAGGCAAGCGUUGGCGAGGCUGAAUACGGUCACGAGAUCUUUUGUCAACAAUCGAUGACAUAGUAAAAAAGUUUGGUUGCAUAAAGCUAGGCCAGAACUCGACAGCGUGGCUUUGAUGGUGACAUUAGCGCGACAUUCUUCGACCUAACAGCCCGAAGUCCAAGUUCAAGAGAGCCUGCUUGUAAUUCAUCACAAACAUUCAUUCAUAGUUUUCCUGAGUGAGAUAGCCUACGAUAGUUAUCUCGUGAUGUUGCGAGUUGCAGUGCUUUGUGUCUUGGCAGUGGCAGCCCUUGGCAUGCCCUACACCUUCAACACAGAGUUGGAUGGAGACUGGGAACUCUUCAAAAAGGUACACAGCAAGCAAUACAGAGCAUUUAACGAGGAGGCGCACCGACGAAGCAUCUGGGAAGACAAUGUAAAAAUAAUUGCAAAGCACAAUCUAGAGUAUGACCUCGGAAACCACACCUACAGGCUUGGCAUGAACUCCUAUGGAGAUAUGACAAGCCAAGAGUUCAAAGAUGUCAUGAAUGGGUACAAGACAAGAGCUAAUCCUCCCAAAGCAACCGUUACCUUCAGGGAACCACAGAACGUCAAGUACCCCGAUACUGUGGACUGGCGUGAGAAGGGAUACGUCACCCCGGUCAAGAAUCAGGGGCAAUGUGGUUCCUGCUGGGCGUUCAGUGCCACAGGCUCCUUGGAAGGGCAGAACUUUGCCAAGACGGGUAUCCUGCCCAGCUUGAGCGAGCAGAACCUGGUGGACUGUUCCUAUGUGGAGGGGGAUGAUGGGUGCAAUGGUGGCCUUAUGGACGAUGCUUUUACGUAUGUCAAGGAAAACAACGGUAUCGACAAGGAGACAUGCUACAAAUAUAAAGCCAAGGAUGAGACCAAGUGCAAGUACAAUCAGACCACGGGAUGCGUGAAGGGAUUCUGCACAGGCUUCGUGGACAUUGAGGCGGGGAGCGAGACAGACCUGUUGGCAGCAUGCGCCACCAAAGGCCCCAUCUCUGUUGCCAUUGACGCCAGUCACUCUUCGUUCCAGCUAUACAGAGAAGGUGUGUACAACGAGCCACAAUGCAGCUCCAGAGAGCUUGAUCACGGUGUAUUGGUGGUUGGAUAUGGUGUCAACUCUGGAGAAGACUAUUGGCUUGUGAAGAACAGUUGGGGCACUGACUGGGGAGUGGAUGGUUACAUCAUGAUGUCCCGCAACAAGAACAAUCAGUGUGGCAUUGCUACUUCUGCUAGCUACCCACUGGUAUAAGAAGGGCAUUUGGCAGUGAUGAUGCGCAUUGCUUGCAAUGUUGUUGCACUUUUGGUUUCUUUAAUUAUGAUUUGAAUGAAAUGUCAUGUGGAUAUAUGUACCAAACUCGUUUGCACCAAAGUACUGCUGUCUUUGAAAGAAUUCCUAUGUCAUCGAGGUUUGUAAAAGAAUCGCUAUUUUUAUUUUAAGAGCUUGUAAGGAAGACUGUAAACAUCCCUAACGGAGGAUCCUUGGGUCAACCGCUGAAAUUGGUCGGAUUAAGGAAACACUGAACUUCAUGCUGCCUUCAAUCUGUGUAUAUAUGUCUCUUUUUGUAAGAAAUGGAUGCUAGAGUCCAAAUGAAAAACCUUUUUCUGAAGGAGAUUGAUGUUGGAAAGUUUUGUGAUACCAUUACUUAGUUAAUCAAGAACUUUUUGCAACUUUCCGGGUGUACUGUAAAGAGAUAUGUGCCGUGAGAGUGAAUGUUCAGAUGUCCAUGAUGUUCAGUGCUUUGAGUGCCUCCUGUACACUUUCGUUGUUAAUUCUUCCAACCUUCCCUGCCUAAUUUUCCGCCCAGAUUUUCUGCUAGGAAAUAUUUGUCACUUAAAGCUUUAAUCUUGCGCUCCUCAGGUUUUUUGCGUGGUGUUUUUUUUCCUAAUAGAUAUUGUGUGUGUAGGUAACAUUUUGCCAUGUAAUUUUUUUUGCUCACUCUUGAAUUGCAUUGGUAAGAUCCGUAGUUUUGUAGCAAGUUAGAGUCCAGGGUUCACUUCACGUUUCCUCUUUGAACUUCUGAAAGUUUGGGUGUAAUCAGGGUUGUAUUCUUUAUUGUGCUUUUGAGUAGAAACGAGAUAUUGUUUUGGACACAUUUAGUGUGUACAACAACUGUCAUUGUAUAAGACCAUUUCUAAAUUUUUCAGUGUGCUGAUUUUGUCUUCAAUACAUUUUCAGAGUAAGAUAUAUAAUGGGGCUGAUUACCUCCUUACUACAGUUUUAUUCUGGUGUUGAAAGUGUUCUCGUUUAAUCAGAAUAGUUUCAGUGGUAAUAAGUCCUGGUUGCUCUGGGAAGUGAUCAUGACAAGUUUGUAGUAAAUGGAAGUCACAUCAGAGCAAUGAAUGCAGGCAUUUAUGCGAUGAGAAAUUGCAGAUACAAAUUUAUUCCUUCCUUUGCCCAAUAGAGAAAGCCUACUAGCUACACUCCAUUGCAAAACUUUAUGAUUAGUAAAUUUUGCAAUAUAAACUACUUGUACAUGUAUGCUUUCACUGCACUAACUUUCAAUCACAGUGUACAUACGUGUUUUGCUUUUUUUUUUACAAUGAAGGCGGUUUGUGCGAUUAUAGCAGUCCCAUCUCAGAUGUUUCCCUGUAUUCUGUGACCUUUGUUUUUGUACAGACCCGUCUCAACUGUAGCGAGUACUCUUUCCCGUGUACAUAUACAGUUACUUAUACUAUAGUGGCCUUGAUAGGUUGUCAAACCCUGUUAGACUAAACAAGGGCAAGAUCUCUUUCAUUUAGAAAGUUUUAAAGCAUAUACAUGUGUCUUGAUGUAAAACUGAUUGGGAAUAAAGUUGAUUUUAGUGGUACACGUA